UUGCAACUUGCAAGUACGUAUCCUGUUUGGACAUUGCAACGUCCUUAAUACUUAAUCAUAUGCACUUAUUGCAAAUCUUGGCGUAUAUUCUUUGCAUUUGGCUCUUAUCUUCAUUAACCGACGAAAAUAAGGUUGCUAUUGCAAAUUAUUUCUGUUAUUACUCCAUUUUCUGUCAAGAAAUUGCCCAAAUCAUCAAAAGCGACGGAAUCGGAAAAUACAGGAAGCAAUGAAUGAGAUGAAGAUAAUAGGGGUGGUGGGUGCCGGCCAAAUGGGCGCCGGAAUCGCCCAGCUUGCGGCAGCUAACGGUUUUGACGUUUUUCUUUUGGAUGCAGAUCCUGACGCUCUUACCAAGGCUACCAAAUCUAUCACCUAUUCUCUUCAACGCCUUGUUUCUAAGGGCCAAUUUACACAGGAUGCCAUCACUGAUGCACUGAAACACUUACAUUGUACUGUGAGCCUGGAGGAUUUUCAUUCUGCAGAUUUGGUUAUUGAAGCAAUCGCCGAGUCAGAAGUAGCUAAGAAAAAGCUAUUUGUUGAGUUGGACAAGAAAGUUAAAUCUUCUGCCAUCUUAGCCUCAAACACUAGUUCAAUCUCCAUUACCCGACUUGCUUCCGUAACAAGUCGUCCAUCUCAGGUCAUCGGCAUGCAUUUCAUGAAUCCUCCUCCUAUAAUGAAAUUGGUGGAGAUAAUAAGGGGUGCUGACACAUCAGAUGAAACUUUCAACGCAACAAAAACAUUGGCAGAGAGAUUUGGUAAAACUGUGGUAUGCUCUCAGGAUUACUCUGGAUUCAUAGUAAACCGAGUCCUAAUGCCCAUGAUUAAUGAAGCGUUUUUCACGUUAUAUACUGGGGUGGCAACAAAGGAAGACAUUGAUGCAGCAAUGAAACUCGGUACAAACCAGCCGAUGGGUCCACUCGAGCUUGCAGAUUUCAUCGGCUUGGAUGUUUGCUUGUCAAUUCUAAAGGUCCUUCAUGCUGGACUUGGGGAGGUAAAGUAUGCUCCCUGUCCUCUUCUUGUUCAAUUUGUUGAUGCUAAUCGUCUCGGAAGAAAGUCUGGUGUUGGGGUAUAUGAUUACCGUAAACCAAAGUCUACCAAAGUGGUAGCCAGACUCUGAACCGUCGGUGUUGUCACAUUAUCAGGUAAACAGAUCAGUCCUCUGUACAUACAAUUAUAAGUGAACGUAAUUGGUAUUAGAUGUUCUUGCUUCUUCCCUUUGUAAAUUCUAUAUUUACCAUGAAUGGUUUGAGAUUCUACUGAAUAUCAUGAAAGAUAUUAUAUGUUCUUACCAUUGUUCUUGAUACUUGCUUGCUGUUGCUAUAGUUAUCUGUUGUCGUUAUUUUAACAGAUUUAACGCUGAAUGUGCAAGUUUAUGUGAAGAGUACUAAUCCAAUUACUGGUGUGUGAUGAUGAUAAAAUUGGCUUUUAAUAGUCAAAAUGGUGGGUUUGAUCAUGAUUUAGUUACGGCAUGGUGAUGCAGUAGCUGGAUGUACUUGUCGUUCCGGACGAAACCAUGAGAUAUCAUUUUUUACACCUUAACGAUCCGAGUAAUAUUGAUUUGAUGAUUUGAAAACCUUUACGGCUUAUGCUUUGUUUUAAACCUUUACGACUCAUACCCACCGCAUACAUACUAUAUAUAUCCGUGUGCCCUCCAUUGAGGAAAAAAACAAGUACGUUUAUUUAACGAAACAUUGAUGGUCAAUCAUAAAUGUUUUAAGGGGUAAUUUAUCAGCAUUUACAAACUAGGUUAAAUGUUCUUAGAAUAUUGAAGAAGCUCAUGUUUAAGGUGAAAUUAUCAGCAUUUACAAACUAAAUAAAAUGUUCUUAAAAUAUUGAAGGAGCUUAUAUAUUAUAGUAAAUUUAUCAGUAUUGGGUGAGGGCGAGGGCGAGUGGGUGCAGAGCGGUUGGGUAUGAAGCAGAACAGGCAGAUUUGGGCCAUGAUUAAACCCUAAUAACAUCACCCACACACCAAUCCUACGAGUUUAACUUUUGAAACUCAUACUCAUCCACUACUCACCAAACACAUAUUAGUAGUACAUGCCCUAACUAGAAUGAGUAAGCCCAUAAAUUGAAAAUUUGUAUCUAUUUGCCGCCACUACUAAUAAUUACUCCCUCUGUCCCUCUCAAUUUGUACCUCUUUUUAUUUUAGUUUGUCCCACUCAUUUUGCACUCUUUCCUUUUUUGGCAAUAACUCUACUUUUUUUCUUUAAAUCUCAUUUACAAACUUAUUUUCUCUUUCUAUCUUAAUCACUUAUUUUUAUCAUCCUCUUGUGUUUUUUUGUCUAAAUCUCCAACUAAAUUUCACUUUUCACUAAAUUCCACCUAAAAUUUUGGGUGCAUUCUCAUAGAGACGGAGGGAAUAGUAUUUACUAGCGAGUACAUUUGUAACUUUUAAAUAUAUGACUCCGUAACUAAACCAGUAUCAAUUAAUCAAAAUGUUACAUUACUUUAUUUUGGAAAAUUGCCAAAACCCUCUCAUCUUCUUUACAUUUUGAAAGAGGGUAGCACCAACAAUAUGGCACAAUUAUGCACAAGAAAUUUUUAGUGCAAAACUUUUCCGGGGUAAGGAUAGUUUCCUACUGGCAAAAGGAAGGGGGGAAUUGAUCGUCGUAUGGGUGAUAUGCACUAGUACAUUCAUUAUUUUCUUCUGCAUAUAUAGCUGUACAGAUCUGUGCAUUCCUUUUUCCCAAGUAAAUCUAUUCUCAUAAUGUCAUACAUAGUCAUGAAUAUGGUAUGCAACACAUUAAAACUUGCACAAAGUCUUAACAUAUACCCCACCACAUGCUAUGACGCUAAUAAGAAUACCCCCUUCCGCCUCAAGACAAACUGAUGUUUUCUGUGUAUUCCCACCUAAUCCUAGGUAAAUCCUUUUUUUGUCAGUGUAGUACUCCUGUCCAAAGAAUAACAAUAAGGUCGCAUCGCAUCGCAUCGGCCGUGUUGUAAAGGUUUUCAAAAUAAAUGAACUGAUUUAAGGUGUAAAAAAACCGUGUUUUGGGCCACAUCAAGAGAUAUCUUAUGGUUUCAAUUGAUAUUUAGGCGAUAUGAUAACCGCAUCACUCUUGUUAGAUUCGGACCAAUUAGAACCUGUCAUUAGUGUCAAUGUUGAUUUAGUAAUAUUAAAAUGAACUUUAAGGUCGCACUGUAUCAUAUAGCUUCAGUCAUAUCGGUUUUCAAAUCUACCGGACCGAUACCGAUUGCACUUGCGUAUUAAAAUGAAGAUUCGGACUAAUUUAUGGGAUACUUCUUGGUAUCAACAGAUACUUAAUGGUGUGAAAAAUGUAUCAUCUUGUCACAUGCAUUACAGUUAUAGUGCAAAUACAAGGCUGCAUUGUAUCAUACCGUUCAUAUCGUUAAGGUUUUCAAAUUUUCCAAACCAAUAUUACCCACAUCGUAAGGUGUAAAUAAACUUGCAUUUUAGGUCGUUCAAAGUUAUAUUUCGUGGUUUAGGCCGAUAUUUGGCAGUACGGUAACUAUAUCAUCCCUAUUACCACAACCAUGAUCAUUACCGCAUUUUUACACCAUCAAUAGAAACCGCAACUCUAGGAUAGAUAAGUAGCCUCCCUAAGAAAAAAAGGAAAAGACAUAUGACUUGUGAUUGUAAGGUCUAGAAGCCAACUUACUACUGCUUGCCAGCUCAAGAAAAGAUAUAAAGUAGAAUCCUUUUGCUCUAAUUGGUUUAGCAUGAUCCAUAAAACAGGCCUUUAUGGUCUUGACUAUCUCUUGUUUAGUGCCAACAAUUAGCCCCACAAGUCUUCCCCACAUAAGAGCUGGAAUCAUUCAUAGGUGGGACUGACUGAUAGUGAUAGGAUUAGUAUCCAAAGGGUUAUGCAAUUUGCCCAUUUGAUUAAGAUGACAAUAAUAAUAGAAAGAAAAUUCUAAAAAGUUAAAACUUUAAGGAACAAAUUAUAAAGAGAAUAAAUUUAGUAUUCAGAAAUCUUCUGGGGAAUACAUAAGAAACCAUAAUGAAGUUCUUAUUCCAGUGUCCUUGCUGUUCAUGUUUCUGCUUCAUGAAGCCUCAGAAAGGUAAGCCGAAAGAAAAGAAAAGCGCUGGCGGUGCUGAAGUUGCGCCUGCAGCUGCUGCACCAGCCGUGGCAGAUGCACCACCAGCGGACGCAUCAACAGAGAAGAAGGAUAGUUAAUUGUAAUUAAAACGAAUCAGUCGGGUUUAAAAUGUCGGUGAUUAAAGGCAAUGUAUGUGUGAUUUUGUACUCUGAGAUUGUGCAUCAAUGUCAAAAUUCAGGUGCAAAAUGGUUACUGUUAUAUGUUCAAAUAAAUGUAAGUACAUUUUAUCUUUUGGA